GGAGGAGGUAAGGCAAUCCGGAAGUGGAUGUAAUGAAGAGGUGCCACUUGGCGGCCAUGGCAGCUGUAGUAUCCGUGGCUCCGGGUCAAGGCCCAGCGGAGUGGAGUAACAUGGGCAGCACUCGGUAUAGGGCAGAGACAGCUUUAUAUCAGCUUCGCUGCUGAACCCCUAAGACCCGUCGUUACAGACCAGCGGGAUUCCUGUCCUCAUUCUAGACUCGGAGGAGAGUUUGCCUGGAUUGGUGGGCUGGUCCCAGACCUGGGGGAAUCACCGGCGGGGCUGCCCGAGGGAAACAGGGGAGCCGGGAGAACGAACAAAUUCGCUUGGGUUUUUCUCCUUUUCUUGGUACUAUCUGGGACUUUGUUUGUGGAGGAAGUAGGCCCUUUAUGCUACCCUUAUUAUGACGAAUGAAGACAUCGCUCAUUCGCCUGUUUUCCCCAUUGACUCUUCUCAUCUCUUUUAACCCACGGGAAUUCAGGGACUGGUAUCUGAAGACUCGGGCUAGGACCUAAAAUUGCUGAAAGUUCUCUCUGGUGCUAGUAUCAGCAAAAAGAGGCUGUUUCCAGGUACGUUCAAGAGAAAGGUGCCUCUCGAACACGUCUGCUGGUGGGGAGGACGAAAGAACUGGAAAGUCCACUUGUUCUCUUGGAACCACCACACGCUCUUAAGAACCUAAGCAUCAUUUGAAGCCACCGAAAAAUUGUAGUCUAGUGGUGGUAGUGAGUGAAUAAAGGAGGGCAGAAUGGAUGAUUUCAUCUCCAUUAGUCUGCUGUCUCUGGCUAUGCUGGUGGGAUGUUACGUGGCUGGAAUCAUUCCUUUGGCUGUUAAUUUCUCGGAGGAGCGACUGAAGCUGGUGACUGUUUUGGGUGCUGGCCUUCUCUGUGGAACUGCGCUGGCAGUCAUCGUGCCUGAAGGAGUACAUGCACUUUAUGAAGAUAUUCUUGAGGGAAAACACCACCAAUCAAGUCAAACACAGAAUGUGAUUGCAUCAGAUAAAGCAGCAGAAAUACCAGUUGCCCAUGAACAUGAGCACAGCCAUGACCACACACAGCUGCACGCCUACAUCGGUGUUUCCCUUGUUCUGGGCUUCGUUUUCAUGUUGCUGGUGGACCAGAUUGGCAGCUCCCAUGUGCAUUCUACUGAUGAUCCAGAAACAGCAAGGCCUAGCAAUUCCAAAAUCACCACCACACUGGGGCUGGUCGUCCAUGCUGCAGCGGAUGGUGUUGCUUUGGGAGCAGCAGCUUCUACUUCACAAACUAGUGUCCAGUUAAUUGUGUUUGUGGCAAUAAUGCUACAUAAGGCACCAGCUGCUUUUGGACUGGUUUCCUUCUUAAUGCAUGCAGGCCUCGAGCGGAAUCGAAUCAGAAAGCACUUACUCGUCUUCGCACUGGCAGCACCAGUUAUGUCCAUGGUGACGUACUUAGGACUAAGUAAGAGCAGUAAAGAAGCCCUUUCAGAGGUCAAUGCCACUGGAGUGGCCAUGCUUUUCUCUGCUGGGACAUUUCUUUAUGUUGCCACAGUACAUGUCCUCCCGGAGGUGGGUGGGAUGGGGCACAGCCACAAACCCGACCCCACUGGAGGGAGAGGCCUCAGCCGCCUGGAGGUGGCCGCCCUGGUUCUGGGUUGCCUCAUCCCACUCAUUCUGUCCAUAGGACACCAACAUUAACUGUGGAGGGUCCAGCCUCAGUCCGUGGCCGUUUGCCAUCCAGUGAGAACAGCCGGCACGUGACAGCUGCUCACUUCCUCAGUCUCUUGUCUCGCCUGCCCAUCUCCACCUGUAUUCCGAAAGAGUCUGGAGGGAGGUGAGAUGAAAACCUGGAGUAAUGGAAAGCUUUCAGAGUAGAAACAACACAUUGCGAUUGGAUACAGACAUUCCGUUGUGUUGUCUUUCCAAGGGCCCUUGGCAUUUUGAGUUUUGAUGUUUCUCUUAACCCUAUUCUCAGGGAAGAUGGAAUUUAGUUUUAAGGAAAAGUGGAGAACUUCAUACUCUUAAUGAAAUAAUUAUGAAAGUACAGUGUUCUGUAAUUAAGCUAAAUCUCUUUCUUAGUUUAGAGGCUCUGCCACUUUAUCCAUUGAUUUUUAACAUGGUUCUCACCGUGUAAGACUGGUGCUUUAGCAUCUAUGCCACAUGCCUUGUUAGAAGGUCAUGACGCCCACUGUCUUAGAUGCUAAAGAUAAGUGUAGUUCAUUUGGGGCUAGAGUCAGGAAAAUGACGGCAAGACACGUUGAACGCUGACUUCAUACUCGGGAGAGAUAUCCAUUGAAGAGGGGGUGUCUGGAGAGACUUGAACACCUCCUUUUGCACGUGCCUCUUUAAAGAGAGCCUGCCAUUCCAUCAAAUGGAGCAACAGAGGUGGACCAGCUUUUAAAGACAUGACUAUUUUAUAGCAUUUCGUUUCAAGUUCUCCUUUGUGUAGAGUACCUGCCUCCAACACAGUCUAUAUAGAGGAGCCAAGUUCUAGUUCAGGCCUAGGCUUUCCUUCAAGAACAGCCAGAUCCCAAAGUAUCUUUGGAAAUUAAGAGGUGUUAAACUUUAAGUGAAUUUGGAUAGUUAGUGAUGUCUUUGUAGUAAUCUUUUUAAAAGUAAGAUUACCAAAACCUACAUUGUCCUUUCUUUUUCUUUUUAACUGUGUAUCUUAGCAGUCCCUCUGGCAGACUACUUGGUGUCCCCUGGGGACUGUUAGGCCAGCACCACAUAAAGCACCUACAGCAGUGAAGAAAGUCGAGAUGUGUCACAAAUGGGAAGUGUUUGCCUGUUGAUUUAAAGCUUAUUAAAAUCAUGUCUCUUGUCUCUUCAUCUUUUCCAUGCUUUUCUCCUAACUUCUCCCUCCAGCCCCUCCUUCCUGUAAUUUGCUGCUUACUGCUGGUGGCGAUGUUAAUACUUGUGUAAGUUGAGUUCUCAUCAGGACAACCACUUCUUGAACUGUGAUGAUGAAGAUAAUAUUGUCUGUGUUCUUUAUUCCCUUCAAUGAUGUUACCUUUGUGUCAAAUGCAGCUUUGUUAAACCCUUAAAUAUCACUUCCUCAUACAUGAGAUGACACAAUCACUAAUAUUCUGAUAAUUUAAACAAUUGAGAUAGUAAAAGUGUUAAGCAAAGUAGGAUAAUUUUUCAUAUUUGCCAAAAUCCCUUGUAAACCUUGUGUUAUGAAAUAAGUGUAUAAUAUUUGUAUUAUUAAUUUAUUCUGACUUUACCAUUUCAAAAGACAUUACAUAAAGAGGGAACCAAGACUAUUUUCUUCAGGGCAUUGGAUUUAAGAGUUUGUAAAUCAUUUUAUAUGGCGCCUAAGCCAGCAUGCCUAGGAUUUCUUUAUUUCCUUCCUAGAGUUGUCACUAGGUCAUCAGCUGUGGAAAUAGAACUUGCCAGCCCUCUGCUGGCUGUAGACCAAAGUAGCAUAAACAGGAUCUGGUUUUGGAUAGUGGCUGGCAACCAUUGCGUACAACCAGCAGAAAGUAAGUGACUGUCCUGAGAACGCCUCUGACUUAGGAGAGUUAUGAGGUUUCAUCUGGUCCUUCAGAAUGAUAUGGUUGCCUUGAUUCUCCCUGGAAAUAUACUUUGUUAAAUAAAUAGUUUGUUUUGGUGUCUGGUUUGGUUUGGAUAGUAGCACUUCCUAUCAUAUUGUUGUGUGCAGUGAUCAGAAAUUUGUUCUACUUGGCCACAGCCUCUUUCAGCAGUGCCUUGCCGUCACACUUAAAAAGUUUGGCUAGAAUAUCUUGCUGGAUAGGGCCUUGAACUCUGGCAAGGAUCGAACCAUUUAACUUCCAAAUUUGCCUUCCCCUCUGGACCUCACAUUAAUAAGCAGACCUUUCAAGGCCUAUCAGCUCUCAGAAGCUAUGGGCUUUCCCAGAUUUUAAAACUGCUGCCUUAGGAACUACUCAUUCCCCUCCUGGUCAGCAGGCAGAAAUAGCCAUACUAAUCCUACAGGGCUCAAAUGCGCCUUCAGGCAGCAGGGAACCGAGUAGCAUGGCAGAAGCCUCCUUCCCCAGGGGGAGGAACUUGCUCAUGGUGGACAGUGUCCCAAGAGAGGCCACACGGAUGGUCACUUAUUGGCACAUUUCAGUUCCAUUUUCCUCUUGUUUAAAACUGCCUCCUUAGAUGUGGAUGCCUUACUGCUCUCACACAUUUGGAAACAUUGGCUAUACCUAAGCUGCUGCCAUGAUCACAGAUGGAACCAAUGGCUACCAGAGAGGUGCAGUUGAUAAUGAAAAGCAUGGUCCUUCCUGCCUCGUAACCAAAGUUAACCUUAAUUGUAAUUUGACUCCCUUUCCUCGGUAGGGAUAGACUUUCUUCAGAUCUCGAGUGCUGUCUUAAAUUAAAUGGCAAAUUAAGUUGAAAAGCACUACUGGUCCAUUCUGUCACUUGUUCUCUAGUAAAUUGCUUAUCAGUCCCCAUACCCCCGAAGCAGUGAUGUUCCAGGUCUGAUGGCUUUCCUGUGCGUGUUGUUGCCAGAUUGCAUUUUUAGGCAAAGAUUCUGCACUGAAGUGUCGAGAGCUGGAAACGGUACCACCUACAGAGGCCAUGUGUUCUCUCUCCUCCCAUCACCUUUUUAUUUCCCUGUUUGAAACAGCCAAAGCUGUUCCUGUAUUUUGAAUCAGAAUAAAAGAGAGGUGGCUGUUUUGACUGGUCAGUUCUUUGUUGAAAAGAGAAAUGUAAUUGUGUUUUUUUACUGGCCUACUUCUACGUGUCAUUGCCUGACUUUUCUCUUUUUCAAGGAUUAGACCUAGGAGGAUUCGCCAGCCCGUCAGACACAUGGUAGCUAAAUACUGAACACGAGAACUGUAUGUCAACAACGCAAGGCCCCAAAGAACGUUCUUGCUAUGAGGCCCCGAUCCCCUUAGGAGACUGAGAAUCAUGACCAGAUUCAUUCAAAACUGCUGCAGGGCAAGGCGAGAACCCUCUAUAGGUGUUCUACAGGGAAACCUGCCUUGCGUUAAAAAAUUUCUGCUCAAUACAGAGUGGUCCACAUCACCCAAAGAGCACUGAUGGAGAUGCUAUGAAAUUAAAAUCAGUGAUGUAGCCCCUUUGUACCUGAGACAUCUAGAUUCACCUGAGAAGACCUGAGGGACAUUUGUGACUUGUAGGAAAGGACUAGACAACCAUUGGGAGUUUUCUAGAUAUGCUCAGCCUAGUAGAAGGAGACUGGCUUUGGUCUGUUUUCUGAGAGCCUCUUCUAGCAAGCUGGAAGCCCUGUGGGGUAACGCUGCAGUUCUCCUGGUUCAGUAGCCUGAACGGUGGUUUUAAAUGUCCCUUUUUUCUGGAUCCUUUGUAAACAUGAAAUCAUUCCAUGGAUGGCUGCCUUAUAAUUUUGUCUCUUUCCACCUUAAUUGUGAAUGGUUAAAACAAUUUUUUCGCUGUUUUCUGAUUUGUUUUCUGAUAUUAAAUUUUUAUUAGUGCAUA